GAAAAUGCCAAGUAGGCGUGACAUCUGGUAUACAGGUCAUGUGAUCAAACUAAAGUCGUGUGACUUGGGAUGUAAAAUUAAACGCCUGUUAGUUUUCAUGUGUUUGCCACAUCAUGUAUUUAUCAAGCUGCUGAGUAGAUAGCUUUUCUCCUGACUAUGGAUCCUGGGCAGCAGCUGGCUCUAUCUGAUGCCACCUCCCAGGACAAAGCAGAAUACUUUCCAUGGGAGGUUCGAUUUCAACUUAUUGGCCUGGGUUUUGCCUUUUAUGCAUCAGUAUUCCUCCUCACUCACAUCAUAUCCUCAUCACUGUUCCAUACGUACAACGCCUUGCAAGCUAAAGAAAAAGUUUUUUGGAAUCUUGCAGCUACCCGCGCAGUGUUCGGCAUUCAGAGUUCAACAGCUGGUCUCAGAGCACUGACUCAGGACUCUGGGUUGAGCAGAGACAUAGUGAGGGGUCAAGAGGAGUGGUCGUGGUUCAAUAUCCUCACAGCCACAGGGUUUUUUGUAUUUGAGAAUGCUGCGUUUCACACCUACAAUUUGGUGUUUCGGUCACUUGACCUCACCCUGGCACUGCACCAUUUCUUCGCCCUGGCUGGAUAUGGAGGUGCAGUGAUGUCAGAUUCCAUGGGGCACUUUGUGCCAAUGGCAGUGCUACUGCUGGAGAUGAGCACACCGUUCACCUGCAUAUCCUGGAUGCUUCUGAAGGCUGGAUGGGCCAGCAGUCUGUUUUGGAAAGCCAACCAAUGGGUGAUGAUCCACAUGUUCCAUUGUCGCAUGGUGCUCACCUACUACCUUUGGUGGUUAAGCUUUAAGCACUGGGGAGAGAUCAACAACCACUUCCCCCUGGCCUUACGCCUCAUCUUCUUCAUCGGCCUGGUUCUGCUCACCAUCGUCAUGAAUCCAUUUUGGACCUACAAGAAGACCAUGCAGCUCUUCAACCCUGUCGACUGGAACUUUGGCAAUAAGCCUGUAUCUGGAAACAACCCCAAAAGGGAUAACGCUGAUGUUGCUGUCAAACCCCAUGCAAGUUGAGGAGAAACAGGGAAGUUGGUUACAUUUUAAGAUAUUUUCACAUUUUUGAAAAGACUACUCUGAUCUAGCCACGUUUAUUUGAUGUAAUAGGUAAUAGGCAGCAUUGACUUUAAAAUACAGAGGGAGGAAAAAGUGUGUAAAGCCUUUGGAAUUUAUUAUAAUUUCUGCAGGAAUUGCUCAUAGAAUGUGGUCUGAUUUUCAUCAAAAACACAACAAUACACGGUCUGGUUAGAGUAAUGGUACAAUUCUGAUUUUGUGGUUUCAUGGUUCACAGAAUACAAGGUGAGUGAACCAAGUUAAUAAAUCCAGUCCCUCCUUUGACAGCACAUUUUCCUCCUGAUGAAGUCCUUUGUUGUGCCGGCAGUGUGUUUGGGGCCAUUGUCUAGUUGCUUGAUAAAGUUUCUCCUGAUAGUUUAUUUGCAGUUUUCUGUAAAUUGCCAGAUAAAAUUAUUUUGUAAACCUCAAAAUUUAUUCUGAUACCAUGCAAGCCCAAACCGUGAGAUUACCUCCAACGUGCUUCACAGAUGAGUUUGUGUUUUUUGGAUCAUAAGCAGAUCCUUUCUUUCCCUGUACUUUGGCCUUUCCAUCACUUUGGUAGAGGUUAAUCUUGGUCUUGUCGAUACGGUGGCCCGGAAGUGCAAAACAAUACAUCAAAUUGUGAAACACUUAUAUAUUUCAGGAAACAAAUGAACAAAAGCCAAAGCAAUCUUUGAAAUGGGACAUUCCCUUUCCAGGUAGUUUUUUUUAUUUAAUUUAAUUCAUCAUUUUUUUUUUUUCAAGUGUUUCAGUUUUUUUCAGUUGUUUUUUUUAAUUGUUAAAGUGUUUCACGAUUUGUUGUAUUGUUUUGCACUUCCAGGUCUCUGUACAGCAGUCCAUAAUACUUACUUCCAAAACAUUUGUAGUUCCUCUCUGUAAUUUGCAAAAUCCAAUCUGAGCUUCUGAUUCUUUUUGCUGGUGUGUUGUUUUCAUGUUGUGGUACGGCCUUUAUAUUUUCUUCUCUUAAAGUCUUCUUCGAACAGUGCAUUGUGUGAACUUCACUCCUGCCCUGUUGAGGCUGGCUCUGAUGUCAUUGUAGUCUUUGGGUGCUUCUUGACAGCUCUCAAUGUUUUUGUCACCAACUGCUGGUGAUACCCUUGGCCGACUUGUUUCACGUCUGUUACUCAGUACACCAUUGGUUUCUUUAUUUUUCAAGACAUUCCAAAUUGCUAUAUUGGUUCUGGCCUGUGUUUGGAAAGGAGCUCUUUCAGCUUCAAAAUGUUUUGCUUUUUGACAUCCUUUGGUUUUAAUGUUUGGUUAACACAUGGGUUCCCAAACUUUUUUUGCUCCUCCCCUUUUUUUGGAGAUUAAUUUUCUUUUUGAAUUGUUGCUAGGCACUUUCUAUAUUUAUGUACCUGUGUUACCUUUAAGAGUGUUCCUUUGUUUUUGAAUUUUUAGACUCAAGCAAAUGAAUCAGUGUUAGUGCGCAGUAUCCAAUUUUUAAUGUUCUAAAUUUAAAAAUAUGACAAUCACUGUCAAAUGUUUAAUCAGACAAUGCAUUAAUGACGGUUUUGCUAUUAUGAGCAUAGCAUGAUUAUUGCUGCACUAAUAAUAGCAUUUUGGGGGUAUUUAAAAGUAUACAUUGAAUGGACUGGGAUAGAAGUGCAUGAUAUUAUAUAAAUUCAAGAUGUCUUUUUCGACAAAAAGCGUUGGGAGAACGCACAGAACCUAUGAAAGCUUACUGAGAUUUGAGGACUAAGCCAGCAAGAAAAAGAGGUGUUCCCCUCUUCACUCUUCAGGUACUGUGAUCCUUCCUGCAAUAACAUGAAUCGUAAUGCAAUAUUGAAUGCUUUCCUGGGAUAUAGCAAUGAUUAUUGUAGCGUGAGGUAAAUACCUUGAUGAAACCAAACCAUAUAGAGCUAAAUAUAGUUACAUCCCUUCUUAUUAAGUGGGUAACACACUUACCAAAGUAUAAUAUUACUAAAGGGGUGGAGGUUAAACAUUGUGGCGUCUAUACAAUAAUACAGUUUUUUUGCAGUAAUAUCCUUAUAACGAGCAUGUUGUGGUUGCUCACUACAGCCUGUAACAACGUAACAAGAAUGAACAAGUGCUGAUGCAGAAUUACAACAAAGUGAUUUAAAUUCAAGUAAAUUUAUCUUCUGUGAUAGUUGUUGUGUGCUAACUAAUCCUAGAAAGGUCAAAGCCUUGUUGCCUGCUGCCAAUCUUAGCUGCAAUUCCUUUCCAUGGGCUGGUUGAUUGAAAAGAUGGGCACAAACGGAAGUAUACACUUUUAAUGUUAUACUCAAUUCAUUAUUAUUUUUGCUCUGUUAUGCCAUUAAAUCAAUUACCUCAGGGAUCACCAAACGUUUUGAAACACAGCUACUUCUUGGUACUGAUUAAUUAAUGCGAAAGGUUACCAAUUUGAUAUAUAAUGUCUGACAUUUGCUCAAAUUACUGUACCUUUAAUUAUUCAUAUUCAAUAUUAUUGAAGCUAUUGACUUCCAGAGUAUUUAUUAAUGAUUUAGGAAUCAAAGAAAUAUCAAUAUUCAACAGUACUGCUAUUCUAAGUGAGUCUUGCAGGUGUCCAUUAUUGGGGUGUGUACGGUUAUCUUUUGAUGAAAUUCAUGUCAGAAAAGGCAGAUUCACACAGGUUGACUCAACCUUCAUAGCUACUGUGGAUACAUCAGUGAACUGAAGAUCACAAGACCUGUACACAAACUCUUGCUUGUCUGCUUAUGACUUGAGAGUACAUUUCUACAACUUGGUCAAAAGUCACAGAUGCUUAAUGUUUCAGCACCAUCUGCACAGAAAGAAAGUGCAGCACUUUUUUUUUUCUUUGUAGAUUUACAGAGAAAAUGUUCAUCUGCUGGUGCAUGAUGUAGUGGUAUAAUGCAGAAAGUUUGUCAUUUUGGGAACUGUGUGUCUCCUUUACAGCGAGCAAUAAAUCCUCUGUCGGACGAUCAUAACAGGAGCCCCAUCAGUCGUCACCGUUAUCACUUUUCCCAGUAUAGUUCCCUUUUCUCAGUGAAAUCCUCCUUCACUGUGUUAUAGAUGUCAACUCCCCUUGUAGUUCUCUUUAAGAGGACUAGUUGUUUAAUUUUUUUUUUUGGGGGGGGAUAAUAAAUACCAUAACCUGUGCAUGGCUUCUGCUGCACUGCUGUCAAACACAUCCAUCAAGAAGACAAAAGCUGCCUUCAACUUUCUUUUUUUUUUUU